AUGUCCAAAGGUAAAAGAGCACCUUAUACACGGCCCUGCGAUUCUUGCAGUUUUCGAAAAGUCAAGUGUGAUAUGAAAACCCCAUGUUCCAGAUGUGUCCUUAAUAACUUGAAAUGUACGAAUAAUCGAAUACGAAAAAAAUGUGGUCCUAAGAAGAUCCGUGAUAGAACUCGAGAAGCAAUUAAUAAUCUAAGUAAUAAAGAAGAUCCCAAAACAAAUUCAUUUAUCCCGCAUUUCCAGUUGGACAAGUUACAGCCCUGUUUGGAGACAUAUCAAACUUGGUAUUAUGGAAUUUGGCCGGUCUUGUCGAUCUCAGAUUUGAAUAUGAAAAUUACUAAACGAGAUGUGUCAGCUUAUGCACUUGCCUGUGCAUUAAGUGCAGCAAUACUCAAUCAAAUAGAUUUUAUUAGUAACAAUGGGACCUAUUGUAUCCCCGAAGACGUUAAGAAAUUGGACUUUAUUGGUGAAUGUAUUCGAGCUCGCACGUUUAUGAAUUAUCAAAUGACUCCCACCCUUGAGACAAUAUUGACAUCAUUUUUUUUACAUGUGGCUGAAGUGAAUAAAGGUAGCAAACCAGCGGCAAUUAUUUAUUUGAGAGAAGCUAUCACAAUGGCUCAGAUAAUUGGACUACAUAAUGAAUCGACAUAUAAGCUGAAACCAGUUGCUGAAGCACAUCGAAUGAGAAAAAUAUAUUUUAUGUUAAUGGUCACAGAAAGGUUUAUGUGUAUUGACGAUUUGAUCCCUGUUGUUCUUGAAAACUCGAUCAAAGAGUUUUCGUUGGAUGAUGAACAAUAUUCAGUAUUAAUUGAUGGAUUCAAAGAGUUGGUCAAGGUUUUCUCCAUCCCUCUGAAAGCCAUUUUCGACAGAUUUAUACAAAUGAAUGAUUCAAUAUCCAUGCCUCCAGAGACCGCUGGGUUACUCAACAAAAUACAACUAGAACUAGAGUCUAUUUGUAUAUCACCAGUGGCACCAGAUAUCCAAAAGGCAAAUAUAAUAGUUAGUAAAUAUUGGAUGAAGGCGUUGACUUGGAAAAUUACACGAAAAAACAACUUAUUAGAUGACUUUGUGACUACAUUAUGUGUCAAAUAUCCAAUAGAGUUAUCUGAACAAUUUCUUGGAGAAAUCAAGAGUAUACCUUUGAGAGCAUUUGAAUCAAAUGGACCUGGGGUGGUAUUCAAGUUAUUGCUGAUAGCAACUGUCUUAAUUGACUCAAUUAAUUUAAGCAAUGAUGUCUCAGGUUAUGAAUCAUUACAGCGCAUGUUUGAUUUGAUUUCGAAAUUGAAAAAGACAGAUAUGAUCAUUCCACGACGAGAAUAUGAUAGAAUAAAAGAAGCAUUAACUAAAAUGGAAAUAGAUAUUUUCUUCAGCAGUGCCCAACUGGGCGGCUACAUUUCCGAAGUGGAAUCAAAUGGCUCAUUGGACGCCUUUCUUACUGAUCCGCUUGUAUUUUAUUCAGGAAGCAAUGAUAAUCCUACUCCCAGUUACAUACCAGAUUAUCAAAAAUAA